AUGGUAACAAAGGCCCACACACUGAAACAUCUCAUUGACUAUUUACAAAACGAUUUAAUGCGCGAUAUGUUUUGUGACUUUGAUUUCAAACAAAGAUUGUUAAAACAGAAGUUAGAAAUGCUCAGACAUAUUGCCGGUCUACAGAGAUAUGUAAACAUAUAUGAACAGAGGAGAGUAAUCAGACCGCUACAAUUUCUCUCAUCCAUAAAGAGAGCCCUCUCCCAGAUACAGCUUACACUCCACACAAGCCAGCUCUCCAUGACCGAGUCACUUAACAAGGUGGAUGUGAUGGAGUCACUGAGUUCAAUCCAAAUCACGGAGAGAGGAAACCGACGCGUAGGAGACCAGUGUCUGCUGAAACUGAUGUCUGAGAGAUCAAACUUCAAAUGGAGACCACGAUGUGUGUACUGGUCCCCGUCCACUGGGGAUCUACUGGUCGGGAUGUAUCAUAUACAUACAGAGACAGGCAAGGUUACCCGGUACAACGGAAGUGGACAACUGACACAAACCAUACAGUGGGACAACUCAGGGCGGGUAGUGUAUAGUUUACCUAACUAUAUAACAGAGAACAACAAUGGGGAUGUCGUGGUGUCUGACUCUAUCUAUUUGCACGGUGCUGUAGUGGUGACAGAGCGUGGGGGAAGACAUCGUUUCUCUUACACAGGACAUUCGCCAGGAUCAGAACUGAUGCCAUGUGGAAUCUGUACUGACUCGCUGUCACACAUCCUGGUGUGUGAUAAUCAAACCAAAACAGUACAUAUGUUACAUAUGGACGGCCAGUUCCUGUCACAUUUACUGACAAGAUCACAAGAGAUGGGUAAACCUAGGAGCUUGAGUUAUGAUAUCAAAAGUCACCGUCUUUGGGUCGGAUCAUGGGACAACAACAAGGUGUGUGUCUACAGGUAUAUCACCAGACAGGACACUCUGACAGAUCAAAGUCGUGUGAUGGAGUCACUGAGUGGAAUCCCAACCCCAGGGACAGAAAAAGCACAGUAUGGAAACCAGUACCGGGUCUGGGUCAGUGAUAGAUACACUCUCAUCUUGACAGACACAACAGGUGCCACUCUACAUGCUGUGGAGGAUUGA